AAAGGAGAGCUUCUAUGCAGUUAUCGAGUGGACGCAUCGUCCUGAAGCCCAUAUCCUGACAAGCUGUCCAUAGCUGGUGAAAUAGGUAGCCUGCGUGUACUUUGCACGAACCCGCGACGCCGACCCUUCACAAACGACGCAUCGGCGCGUUCUCCGACUCUGCAUGCCGGAAACGGCUGUUUGAGCCCCUACGAGCACCUCCCCGAGACCAAUGGCACUGAGACGCCGCGAACAUGUUUUCGAUCGCCACCGCACCGGCGAAACAGUCAGUUAGUGAGACCAUCACCGUCCUAAGUGGGCGUCUCAGCUCUGCAACUCUGCUCGAGGACCGACGGGCCGCAAUAUUAGGCCUCCGGAGCUUUGCCAAAGACUUCCCAGCAUCCGUGGCGUCAGGUGCUCUGAGGAGCUUAAUUGGAAGCCUGAGUAAAGAUGGAGAAGACGUGGACACCGUCAAGGUUGUGCUCGAGACGCUGUUGAUGCUCUUCAGCCCCAAUGAAGAUAGCCCUGAAGCUUCAGAUGAGAUUGCCUUGUGGUUAGCCGACGAGUUUACCCAACGGCAGGAGAAUAUUACCCUGCUCCUCGAUUUCCUUGAGACUGCAGACUUCUACUCUCGCCUCUAUUCGCUUCAGUUGCUUGCUGCCAUUCUAUCCGCGCGUACCGAGCGUACUGAGGAAUGUGUAUUUACUGCUCCCCUAGGAAUAUCCCGCCUGGUUUCUGUUCUCGACGACCAACGCGAAGCUAUCCGAAACGAAGCUAUUACCCUCCUGACCUACCUAACGCCGACAUCGCUCGAGAUACAGAAGCUCGUUGCCUUCGAGAAUGCCUUUGAUAGACUGUUUGCUAUCAUUGAGGCCGAUGGGUCUCUCGCUGACGGUGGGAGGACUGUUGAGGACUGCCUGAUACUUCUCGCUAACCUCCUGCGUGGCAACACCUCUAACCAGUCCCUCUUUCGAGAGUCGGGUUGUAUCAGUCGCCUGGCAAAGCUGUUGAGCCAAGUUUUGCAACCUCAAAGCGAAGCUCCAGACAUCGCAUCGUGGGCGCAAGCACAGAAGAAUCGCAACGUCUAUGCGUUCCUGGCCAUCAUCCGACUCUUUAUCACACCCGGCUCCUUGGGGACGCCACAGAACCAGACAGCAAUCUGGCGACAUGGCCUGGCCUACCACGUCCUCCAGCUAGCCUUUAGUCCUGGUGCGCAGGUGCAAAUAAAGGCCGAGGCUUUGGUCACCUCUGGUGAUGUGAUACGAAAGAAUGCUGCACUUCAGGAAAGCUUCGCUCAGAUCAUGGUUCCCUCGCCCUUGGACGGGGGUGAUGGAGUUGCGGGAAAGGCCAACGGACGAGCCCAAGUCUACGUAAUUGAUGCAUUACUUGACUUAACCCUAUGCAUGCAAGACCUGCAGGAGUUCGACGUUCGCUUUGCUGCGUGUGGGUGUCUUCAGGCCUAUUUUACGCACCACGCUGAGGUGAGGUUGCAUUUUCUUGGACGGGCUAUCGAGGGACACCAGUCUGGCCGAGACGAGUCAGCCAACGUCCUUUCUGUUUUACUUCAAUCUUCCGCAGAGGGACCGGUGACCGAUCCUUAUCGGUAUUGGUUCGCAGCUGUCAUAACUUUUCAUUUGCUGUAUGACAGUCCUGAGACCAAGGCCAAGGCAAUGAGCCUUACCGAGGGCGACGCGACGAACGGCGAGGAGGUCGUGACCGGUAUUCAAACCAUUGCUGCGCAUGUCAUCUCGGGCCUUCGUCGGGGGGAUGACGCACGUAUUUUGGUUGGGUAUCUCAUGCUGCUUCUUGGCUGGCUGUUUGAGGAUCUCGACGCCGUCAACGAUUUUCUUACUGAAGGUAGCAAUGUACAAAGCUUGAUACAGGCUGUCUCGCAACCUGCUGCAACCGGUGGUGAGCUCGUACAAGGUUUGUGUGCGAUGCUACUGGGUGUUGUUUACGAAUUCUCAACUAAGGACUCCCCGAUCCCGAGGGCCACAUUGCACUCCAUCUUCACAUCGCGACUUGAUCGGGAUCAUUACUUGGAUCGGUUAGCGAAACUGCGCAGUCACCCGUUCAUGCGGGACUUUGAGGUCACCCCCCAAAAACUCGAUACUACAUCCCCUGGAAGAGUCGCCGAUGUCUUCUUCGACUCUGUCUUUGUGGAGUUCUUCAAGGACAACUAUAGUCGCGCAGCACGUGCUAUUGACAGAGACCCUGGCAUGGAGAUACCUGUAGUCACGAAUGGUGUACAGCAAGGUAUUUCCAGGGAGCUAGUGGAUUCCCUUCGCGUCCAAUUGGAGGACAAGGAUCGCGCGAUACAGGACGCGCAAUCGGCUAUGGCUUCAAUUGAGGGACAGCUUGGCCAGGAGCGAGCGGAUCACCGGCGCACCAGGGAAUCAGGUGUAGUUGAGAUGUCAAGGAUCAAAUCCGUCAACGAGGGCUUGCAGAAGCACCAUGGCGAAGAGUUGCGUAAGCUACAAGCUCAACUAGCUUCUAAGGAGAACGAUCACCGGAGGCAAAUUGCACAGCUUCAGACACAACAGACGGCCAAGGACAGUGAGCAUCAAAAACAGUUGGUUCAGGCCCGGAAAGGGGCCGAGGCCGAGGCCGAGAGAGUGCAACGACGGAAAGAUGCUGAGAUGGCGGACCUGCGGGCAACUAUCAGCCGACUCGAAGUCGAUGUGUUGAAGGCACACAAAAGCAAAACUCAAGAGCUGCAAGAGCUACGAGAACGGAGCACGGCCGAACUGCGGGCCCUCGAGAUGCGGAGGACAGCUGAGCUGAAGGACCUUCACGAACGAAACGUUGCCGAGCUUCGGGCUAUUGAAACGCAGAGCGCAGCUGAGCUGAAGGAUGUUCAAGAACGCAUUGCAACUGAAUUGGAUGAGCAGAGAUCCAAAGCCCAAAAAGCCGAGACGCGGAGCCAGGGCUUGGAGAAGCAGCUCCGUGAAUCCAGUACAGCCACUAAAGGCAACCUAUCCAAGACUAAGGAAGUGAGUACCUUGAUGAAUCGUGAUCGGCGGAAUUAUGCGACUGACGGUGGUUAAAGUUGGAGUCGAAAUUGGCCGAGUCGACCAAGGCAAAGGAAGCCACGCAAUCGGAGCUUGAGGACCUUCUCAUGGUGUUCGGGGACCUGGAGGAAAAGGUGGCGAAAUACAAGGCUCGGCUGGCUGAGCUUGGUGAAGUUGUGUCGGAUGGAGAGGAUGAUGACGAAGACGAAGAAGAUGACGAAGACGACGAAGAAGACGAAGAAGACGAUGACGAAGGUGAAGACGACAACGACAAAGGAAAUGUCGCCUAACAAGUCGGGGCU